CGUCCUGCUCUCGCGCUCCCUCUGGUCCACGGCGGGCGGGCGCCGAGCUGCUGAGGCCAUGCCACUGAAACAUUUUCUUCUUUUGCUGGUGGGCUGCCAAGCCUGGAGUGCAGGGCUGGCCUACUAUGGCUGCCCAAGUGAGUGUACCUGCUCUAGGGCCUCCCAGGUGGAAUGCACCGGGGCGCGCAUUGUGGCGGUGCCCACUCCCCUGCCCUGGAAUGCCAUGAGCCUGCAGAUCCUCAACACGCACAUCACUGAACUCAACGAGUCCCCAUUCCUCAACAUCUCUGCCCUGAUUGCCCUGAGGAUUGAGAAGAAUGAGCUGUCCCACAUCAUGCCCGGCGCCUUUCGAAACCUAGGCUCAUUGCGUUACCUCAGCCUCGCCAACAACAAGCUUCAGGUUCUGCCUAUUGGCCUCUUCCAGGGCCUGAACAACCUCGAGUCGCUCCUUCUAUCUAGCAACCAGCUGGUGCAGAUCCAGCCGGCACACUUCUCCCAGUUCAGCAACCUCAAAGAGCUGCAGCUGCAUGGAAACCACUUGGAAUAUAUCCCUGAUGGUGUCUUCGACCACCUGGUGGGUCUCACGAAGCUCAAUCUAGGCAAGAAUAGCCUCACCCACCUUUCGCCCAGGAUUUUCCAGCGCCUGGGCAACCUCCAGGUCCUCCGGCUGUAUGAGAACAGGCUCUCAGAAAUCCCUAUGGGCACUUUUGAUGGGUGUGGAAACCUCCAGGAGCUGGCCCUACAGCAGAACCAGAUUGGUAUGCUCUCCCCUGGCCUCUUCCACAACAACCGUAACCUCCAGAAGCUCUAUCUGUCCAACAACCACAUCUCCCAGUUGCCCCCUGGCAUCUUCAUGCAGCUGCCCCAGCUCAACCGUCUCACGCUUUUUGGGAAUUCCCUAAAGGAGCUCUCACCGGGGAUCUUUGGGCCGAUGCACAACCUGCGUGAGCUUUGGCUCUACGACAACCACAUCACUUCUCUACCUGACAACGUCUUCAGCGACCUCCGCCAGCUGCAGGUCCUGAUCCUCAGUCGUAACCAGAUCAACUACAUCUCCCCAGACGCCUUCAAUGGGCUGGCGGAUCUUCGGGAGCUGUCCCUCCACACCAAUGCGCUGCAAGAGCUGGAUGGGAGCGUCUUCCGCAUGUUGGUCAGCCUGCAGAACAUCUCCUUGCAGAACAACCGCCUCAGACAGCUCCCAGGGAAUAUCUUCGCCAAUGUCAAUGGCCUCAUGACCAUCCAGCUGCAGAACAACCAGCUGGAGAACCUGCCCAUGGGCAUCUUUGACCACCUGGGGAACCUGUGUGAGCUGAGGCUCUAUGACAACCCCUGGAGGUGUGACUCUGACAUCCUUCCACUCCACAACUGGCUCCUGCUCAACCAGCCCAGGUUGGGGACAGAUGCUCUCCCGGUGUGUUUCAGCCCACCCAGUGUCCGAGGCCAGUCCCUCAUCAUCAUCAACGUCAACGCUGCUGUCCCCAGUGUCCAGGUCCCAGUGAUGCCCAGCUACCCAGAAACACCACAGUACCCGGACACACCCAGCUUCCCUGACACCACCUCCAUCUCCACUACUGACUUCACCAGCCCCAUGGGGGAUUACACCGAUCUGACCACCGUUGAGGUCACCGAUGACCGCAGCACGUGGGGCAUGACCCAGGCCCAGAGUGGGCUGGCCAUUGCCGCCAUUGUCAUUGGCAUCGUUGCCCUGGCCUGUUCCCUGGUUGCCUGCAUCUGCUGUUGCUGUGGCAAGAAGAGGAACCAUGCGGUCCUGAUGCAGAUGAAGGCACCCAAUGAGUGUUGAAGGGGCGGGCUGGAGGCAGCGCUGGGGAAGAGUGGGAGCACUGGAGGAUCUGGGAGUUUCAUCAUUGUGCCUCCAUCCCUGGGUCCACAGAGCCAUCCCCCACUCCCUCUCACUGGUCCCUGAGAGAAAGGCGCCCCCACCUUUUCCUGACCUGCCUGGUUCUCCUCUAGAGAACUACAGGAGAACCAGCUCUUGCAGGACUUCUUACCACCAGGGAGAUCCAACCGGCCAUGGCAAAAACCUCAUGGCGUUUCUAAUUCACGUCCCUGGGCUUCAUUCGAGAAAGCCCUUCUCCACAGCCUUACCAGCUCUCCUCCAACAAGCUUCCCUGCGCCCGCGGCCCUGCUGGCCUCUGUAGACUCAGUUACCACGCCGGCUCACUUUGUGGGAAUAGUUCUCCACGGGGACAGCUUCUCUCCUAAGUAGGAUGUAAGUUGAUUUCCCUUCCUUUGCUCCACCCCCAUCUGUGGCAUGCUCUCCCCUGUCCCCACAAAUGAAAGGUCUCCCUUGAUUUUCUGCUCCUGAAGGCAGAGUAAGUUCUCUCCUCACAGAAGGCUUCCACCCACUCAGCUGGCUUCCUAGGAGCUGCCAAGCACCUGGUUUUUGGGUCGCUGUGCAAGAGGCCCCUCGGCUCCCGCAGAGAGAGUCACUGUCAGCGUCUCUCAUGGGGUCGUUAUCUGGAGAAGGAAGACUGGCACCUGUGCAACAAGUCAGCCUUAUAGAGAUUUCUGAACCGCAGAUUUUGCUUUGAAAAUGUUGGUCCUUUGAGGGAUAAGGUCAUGUAGAAUGUCUGACCCCUAAAAACCUUGAAAAUCAGCUUACUAGUACUGGAUGGAGAAAGCACCCUGGCACUUGGGGUGUCCUUACGUUCAUCCCUAGGGUUUUUCUCUUUUAACUUUUUAUUGAAGUAUAACACAUACAGAAACAUGGGAGCGUGACUGUGUAGAGUUUGAUGGAUCUUCACAAACAGUUCACACCCGUGUAAUCAGCAUCCAGAUCGAGAAACAGGACAUCACUAGUAUCCUCCAUCGUGGACUUUUACUGGAGAAGACAGGCUUGUGGAGAUGGGUCCCCAAGAGCCAGGACGGCCCCUCAAUGCCCCUGCCAGCCUGCCCUUGCCAAGACCCAGCUGCUGGGGUGGGGGAGACGAUGUGGGUACAUUCUGGCCUGGAUAGGAGAUGUAAUCAAAUCCCCACACCCCGAGGCACCCAGAGCGGCCAGGUCAGAGGCAUCUCGACAGCAGAGGCCCCUGCAAGCACACAUCUUUCUCCGCCAGCAAGCUGUCCCCUGCUCAUCGGAGGCCCCUCUGCCUGGGCCUUUUAUGGGCAUGCUCUGCCUCUAUCUGUUUUUAAUUUUCACUUUCCAUUUGGGGGAAGCGAAAUAGUUUGGAGAUGAGAGCCUUCAAUUGAACAGCUGAGUGUAAUGGAACCUGGUAAUCCUUCUAGUGUGGUAAAAUUCUCCAUCAAUGUUCCAGUCAGCUAGACACUGAAAUUCAGAAUGCUCACAUAUGGGAGGCAACAUCAGGGCACACAGAUAGGUCACGCUGGGUCUGGGGGCUCUCUGGAGUUCCUUCUGCCUGUGGCCUGCUUAUAAGAGUUAAGUGUUUGGUGCAGGGUUAUCUUCCUCCUUGAGUGCUAGCCACAUAAAUACCUGCCUUCAGUACCUUCCUGCUACACACGUAUUCACACUGGUAAAGAAAUUGUGCUCAUGGCAACUCAUGUCUUUGUUCGGACAACUGGUCUAUCAGUUCAGAAAUAAAAACAGUGAAAUGGAGAAUUUUAGCUGUCUGUGUCUGCCCAGGAAAGAGCUGCAGCCGGUGCUGUAAGGAUUUGGAAAUCCUGACGGGCUCUGACUAGUUUUCUCUGUCCCACAAGACAAAUAAGAAAUUGCCUGAGGCUUUAGUGGCAUGAUGCUGACAGGUACCCAACAAAACAGGUCCAGGAAAGGAUGUGUGUAAGAACUAGUACACUGUAUAGUUUUUUUCUCUGUCCCAGAGAAUCUGGGGAAGAUGGGGCCUGUCAAAGGCAAAAGACAUCUUCUCCCCAAGGUAAAUCUGGGUCUCCAAAAGGUUUACCAAAGAUUUGUAGCAACUGGUGGACAUGUACCAAGACUUGCCAGGGCCCAAAAGGAAGUGAGCCUAGAGCUUGGGGCAUGGGCAUCAUUCCAUUGAUGGUGGCCUGCCUGCUGGUCCUGGGGCCAUCAGGAGAAGCUGGGCUUGCUUUCCUCCAGAUAGGAAGCAUGGUUUAGCACUGUAUUCGUCAAGGUGCUCCUUAUGAGUAGGCUCCAGUGUCUCAUUGUGCAAGGGUGCAAGUGGGUACCUGGCAGAGAGGUGAGGAAGGAGUCCUUUUCACCCAGUGUGUCCUGCCCUUCUGGACCCAGAACCCUUGGGUAGUCCUGGCAUUGGCCAUGACAUUGGAGGUCUUUUCUUCCAAGCCCAGGAUAGCAACAUGUUUCCCCAGACCAAAGGUUGGCCUGAGGGCAUCUGUCCUCAGAUGUCUCCAUGCAGGAGCACCCCUUCGUGGGGCUGGUGAACUCUUUACAUGAUGCUCUGAGCUUGUCUGGUCCUUUCUCCCAUCAGAGUGGAUUGGAUGGAGCCAUUGGACCUCCUCUUCCAUGGCAGGCCUUUUGGCCUCUCUGAACCAUGUUGUCUGGUCAGGGAGCUACCAGGAAAGCUGGAUGGAGUUUCCUUUCCAACAAGACAUUGCAUUUGCUCACUUUUCAGGGCUGGAGUGAGCUGCUUGGUCCCCCCAAGUUGAGGUAGGGUACAGAAUCCACUUUAAUUUCCCCGUUUGCUCACUGGCCCCUAGGUCACCUUGCCGGUACCAGCAGCCUCCAUUUGGAGUGAAGGGUCAAUGUUGGAGAAAAGAGAAUAAAAACCAGUUAGAACCACCGUUUUUCAAAAAUGCUUACUGUGUGUAGAUACCCUUUAAAGUACUGAACAAGCAUUUUCUUUUUAAGCCUGACAACACCUCUGUGCAUGGGUACUACCGUUAUGCCCUGGAAAUGGGUCUAAACUCACUCUUUCUUCUGCAACAUUAUUCAGUGAGCUGUGGGUUUUCUUUCUCUCUUCACACUUUCUUUUUUUUUUUUUAAAGAUUUUAUUUAUUUGAAACAGAGAGAGACACAGCGAGAGAGGGAACACAAGCAGGGGGAGUGGGAGAGGGAGA